UUGUAGAUAAUUCACCAAGUUGCAAUAUUAAUGCACAUUUUUUACAUUUGAUCAAAAACAUUUGCUUACACAUUUUUUCAUCCUCUCCUAAUCAAAAUCAUCAUUUACAUAGCAAUUUUCUGAGAAUUGCUGUGUUUUUGAGUUCAUUAUAUCUCCUUAUUGAUGGAGUCCAUUUUUGGUGACUGGCCUUCAUACGACCCUCACAACUUCAGCCAACUACGUCCAUCUGAUCCUUCAAAUCCUUCUAGAUUGACACCUACAACGUACCAUCCUACGCAUAAUCGUACUCUUCCACCACCAGAUCAAGUGCAGAAAAACGGUUUCGUUUGCAGUCGCAAAACGGAUUUUACGUUCAACGCGGGUGAUUUCACGUUAUCUGUACGGAGAGCAAAAACAUUCUGAUCCGACACUUCUAUAAGCAUGCAGAGAAGGUACCGUUGAGACCCAAGAGAGCCGCUUCAGAACACCUUGCGCCCGAAAACGGAGCCAAGCAUCCAAGAGCUUCUUCCUCGGGAACUCCUCUUUGAAUGUUCUUAUCACCUGUUGAUGAACCCUGAUUUUGUGGAUAAACUCGUGUUCGUAUUAUUAGUAAAUAACGAUGUUCUAGACGCCUAGUUAUAUAUUAGAGGGAGUCUAUGGUUGUGGGUUAUAAAAACCGGGAUUUCCCUUGAUAUGUAGGACAUUGAGGAAUCAAACUCGGAAAUUUGGAGUAUGUUGGAUUGUUGGUAAGACUUGUAAACUUCACUGUUCGGAAACAGACAGAGAAGGCAACUAGUCAUCGUUUAUAGUCAAUGACUCAUCAGCAAUACCGGAGAGGUCCGGGAUUUCGGAAAAAACAAAGGCGAAACAACAAACAAGUCGUGGUCCAGCUGACGACUCGUUGCUUGGUAUGUCUUAGAGAACUAUUAUGUCUUCCAGUUUGUAGCUUUGCACUGCUUUGUAAAUAAUCAAAUUGUAAUAUUAUGUAUUGUUUUGUCCAAAAGGCUAGGCAAUGUUUAGUAAAGCAUCAUGAUCACAAAAAUAAUAAGAACCGUAUUGUUGGUUUCUUAACAUGUAUUAGUUUCUUAGUUACGUAUUAAUAAGCUUUUGAUUGGGUUGGUUCCUUGAUACAUAUUAGUUUCUCUGUUACAAAAAAUGAUUAUAACCAAACCUGCAAAUCUUUUCUAGUUCACUACUCGGUUCCUAUAAGAAAGCACCAUAUGACUCAAUUAUGUGAGAAGUUUUUGAGUCAUGUGGUGUUUUCUCAUAGGAAGAGAGUAUUUUUGAUUACGUAGUCAGAUCAGUUUUCCGACAUAGCAAUGGCUCCACUUUUCCAUCUACUCUAUUCUAUUUCAAAGAAUUAGUUUUAUUUUUCUUUUUAUUUAUAUUUAUGAUCUAUACAUACUGUUUCUUAAAUUUUCAUCUACACAUUUAAA